AAUUCGCAAUGGAUGGCAUGAAGUCGAGUGGUGCGCUGUGUUAUGUGACUUUGUUUUGUAUUUUGUAAUAAAAAGAACUCGAAAGUUACUGUGUUACCUUGUUUAUCCGCUAAAUAUAUCGACAUAUAAGUUGAUUGCUGAAAAAUGUGUGUUUUCCGUGUUUAGGCAAAAUAUCUUCAAGAAGUAAACCCAGUAUGUUGUGUCGACUUUCUAGUGUUAGUUUUCCACCAACGUAGUUUGUCGCAAUGUAUGUAUUUUAUGCAGGUUCGAUUUGUUUGUUUAAUGUUUUGACAAAAUCUCUCACGGGCAGGAUCAAAAUUUGCUAAAUAUCUGUAUUCUAGUAGUACUAACGAACUUCUUAACGGAAAUCGAAUUAAAAAUAGUUUUUACGUUUUUAUUCAUUAUACGAACUUAUUUUGAUUAUAUUGUGACUCUUGCGGUAUAUAUAUGUUAUUGUAUAGAUCAGCGAAAAGUUACGAUGUUGAUUCUGCUAUAGUGCAGUGGAUAAUCCGGAUUCACAAUGAACAUGUAGAUAUUGUCAUUGUGUUGCUCUUGCUCUAUGUAUUUAACACAUUCAUACCCUUUUAUCAUAUUGAAGUAUUUUUAGAAUACCACAGUGCUAUUGGAGCUCGAUUUUAAGUGUAAAUAGUUUUUUCUUGCAAAAUGGAAUAUAGUGUGGGUUUCUGAUUGUGCAGUGUAAUGAAUGAACUUGGACUGUGAUGAAAGUGCAAAGUGAUAUGGCUUCAUGAAGAACAAAAGGAUCUUACAAACAAGAUCAUUUAGAAUUUAUGUUGCGACGCGUGCGGUGAAGGCGUCGGCAUGUGGCGCGGCGCUGUGCUGGCGCUGGCGGCGCUGAGCCUGCUGGCGGCGCCGGCGCAGGCGCUGCACAAGAAGUACAACAUCACCAUCGGGUACCUGCCGUCCAUCAAGGGCGAGCUCCGCGACCGGCAGGGGCUCGCCAUCUCUGGGGCGCUGUCUAUGGCGCUUGAAGAGAUUAACAACCAAGACAUAAUCCUGCCGGACGUGCAACUUCUACUGGAGUGGAACGACACCCGCGGCGACACGGUGACGGCGACGCGACUACUUACACAUAUGAGUUGCUCGGGCGUCGCCGCGUUCUUCGGGCCUGAGGGACGAUGCAACACGGAGGCCAUCGUAGCGCAGUCCGUCAACUUGCCCAUGAUCUCUUAUAAAUGUUCCGACUACCAAACUUCAACCAUGCCUAAUUUUGCCAGAUUGGAACCUCCAGACACACAGGCUACAAAAUCAGUAAUGGCGCUGCUACGCUACUACCGUUGGAACAAGUUCAGCAUAGUGUACGAGGAGUCUUGGGUGACGGUAGCGCUGACGCUAGAGAACCACGCCAAGAAGAACAACAUGACCGUCAACCACCAGCGGCCGGUCAUCGAGGGCUUCAAGUGCUGCUCGGAGAAAAUGGCCUGCUGCGCGCCCGGCUUCUGGUACCAGUUCAUACAGGACACCAAGAAUAGGACUAGAAUAUACGUGUUUUUGGGGUCAACGUCGGGGUUAAUCGACAUGAUGCAAGCCAUGGAAUCUUUGCAGUUAUUUGUAAAUGGCCAGUAUAUGGUCAUAUUCGUCGAUAUGAUAACUUAUUCGCCGAAAGAAGCUAUGAAGUAUUUAAUCAAGACCGAGGACCGGGGAUCGCAGCCCGGCUGCGAGCACGUGUUCACGAGCGAGUUCAAGAAGCGCGCUCAGUCGCUGCUAGUGGUGGUGUCCUCCGAGCCAGACAGUUCCUACGAAACUUUUACGAAUAGAGUGCGCAAGUACAACACCAUGAAACCGUUCGAUUUGGCUUUGCCGCCGAUAUUUGGAAAUAAGUUUACGAAGUUCGUUUCCAUUUACGCCGCAUACUUGUACGACUCGGUGAAACUCUACGCGAAGGCGUUGGAUAAGCUACUGAAAGAGGAGAAGAAUCUGACCUACGAGAAGGUGAUGACCAUUGCCAAGAACGGUUCCCGAAUAGUAGCCAAAAUGAUCGAAUCGACGCCUUAUAAAAGUGUCUCCGGAAUGAUGAUCCGUCUCGACGAGCGGGCCGACUCCGAGGGUAACUUCUCGGUGCUCGCGUUCAAGGCGCGCUCGGCCAGCAACCUCAGCGACGAUGACGUCAACUGCACAUACAGCAUGAUUCCCGUCGGACAUUUCCAGCAGACCACCCGCGAGUUCCCUGAAUACAAAACGAACCCGCGCAUCCAAAUCGACUGGCCCGACAACGUCAAACCGGAGGACGAGCCCUCCUGCGGCUUUCUCAACGAGAAGUGUCCCAAAGACGACUCCCAGAUUACCGCCCUAGUGGUCGCGGGGACGCUGGCCGUCACGCUGUUCUGCACUCUAGUCGUUACUAUUAGCAUUUACCGCAAGUGGAAGAUCGAGCAGGAGAUCGAGGGGCUACUGUGGAAGAUAGACUCGCAGGAUAUCAAUGGAUAUUAUGGCAGUGGAUUAGUCUGGUCACCUAGUAAGUUAAGUUUAGCGAGCGGUAUAUCGUGUGAGAGCAGAUGCUGCCCCCAGAUCUUCGCGGAGACCGCUCAGUACAGGGGCAACGUUGUUAGGAUUAAGGAGUUGAAGUUCUCCAAAAAGAAAGACAUUCCUCGUGACGUGAUGAAGGAGAUGCGGCUGCUGCGCGAGCUGCGGCACGACAACCUCAACUCGUUCAUCGGCGCCGUGGUGGAGCCGCUGCGGGUGCUGCUCGUCACGGACUACUGCGCCAAGGGGAGCUUGUAUGAUAUAAUUGAAAAUGAGGAUAUAAAAUUGGACCAAAUGUUCAUAUCAUCAUUAGUACAUGAUCUCAUAAAGGGUAUGACAUUUAUUCAUAAUUCUCCACUAGUGUUUCACGGAAAUCUUAAAUCCUCGAAUUGUGUAGUUACUUCAAGAUGGAUGCUACAGGUUACUGACUUUGGACUUCAUGAACUAAGGUAUUCUGCUGAAGUUGGUUUCAUGGGUGAUCAUCAAUAUUACAGAGGUUUGCUAUGGAAGUCGCCAGAGCUGCUUCGGGAGCUGGACGACCCGAACGGCACGGUGGGCGGUACGCAGAAGGGCGAUGUGUAUGCUUUCGGCAUCAUACUGUACGAGAUUAUCGCUCGCAAGGGCCCGUUUGGAAAUAGCCUUGAUCCCAAAGAAAUAGUUGAGCGCGUGAAACGAGGCCGAGCUGAAGGUGAAGAAGUAUUCCGGCCCGACACGAGCGCGCUGGUGGGCGUGGCCGAGGACUACGUUCUGCAGACCAUGCAGGACUGCUGGGCCGAGGAGCCGGCCGCUAGGCCAGACUUCGUCACCUUGCGGAACCGACUCAAGAAGAUGAAGUCUGGCAAGUCUAGGAAUAUAAUGGACCAAAUGAUGGACAUGAUGGAGAAGUACGCUAAUAAUUUAGAAGAACUAGUCAAUGAGAGAACGAGGCUAUUGUUUGAAGAGAAGCAGAAGACGGAAGAUUUAUUACAUAGAAUGCUACCAAAGUCCGUUGCGCGUCGUCUGACGACGGGUGAGGGGGUGGAGCCGGAGUCUUUCGACUCGGUGACGAUCUACUUCAGUGAUAUCGUGGGCUUCACCGCCAUGUCCGCGGAGAGCACGCCGCUGCAGGUCGUCAACUUCCUUAACGACCUGUACACCGUGUUCGACAGAAUCAUUAGAGGCUACGACGUCUAUAAAGUUGAAACUAUAGGCGACGCUUACAUGGUGGUAUCGGGUUUACCAAUCAGAAAUAACGAUAAGCAUGUGGGUGAAAUAGCGUCGAUGGCGUUGGAAUUGUUGAACGCCGUGAAAAGUCACAAAAUUUCUCACAGACCAAAUGAAACUCUUAAACUUAGAAUAGGAAUACAUACAGGGGCGGUAGUAGCAGGAGUAGUGGGUCUAACAAUGCCCCGGUACUGUCUCUUCGGGGACACAGUGAAUACAGCGUCGCGUAUGGAGUCAACAGGCGAGCCACUUCGCAUCCACAUCUCGCCGAGCUGCAAGUUAGCUCUCGAUAAAAUCGGGGGCUACAUCGUGGAGCCGCGCGGGGCUGUCGCUAUCAAGGGGAAGGGGGAGAUUCAAACGUACUGGUUGGUGGGUACGACGGAGAAAGCGAUUCAGAAGCGAUUCGUGGAAGGCGACGAUCUGCGGCCACUGUUCUGUCGGCCAAGGCGGAGCCCGCGGCUCGCGGACUCGCGGCAUCCUUCACUAUCAGGUGGCGGCAGCGGCGGCGGCAGCGAGGUGCGGCAGCGCGCGGCGUCGGGCGCGCGCGGCUCGCGCUGCUCGCUGCCCGCGCCCGCCACGCCGCCGCCGCAGCGCCGCGCCAAGGACAUGCUCGCCAAGGCCAGGAAUGCGCUAAGUUCGAUCGCGUCGUCGACGGCGGGCGACCGAGAGCGAGGCGAGCGGUCGCCGUCGCCCGGGCGGGCGCUGCGCUACGCCGCGUCGCUGGACGUGCUGCCCGAGCGGCGGCGCUCGCCGCGCCUGCGCCGCCAGCACACCACGCGCUCGCUCGACGCCGAGCCCGAGCCCGUGGCCACGCUCACGCGGCCCGGCGACCCCGUCUUCAACGGCACCGUCAUCGGCAUCCUCGCCGACCCGCGCCAGGAGGAGGACUCGCCGCUGCUGCGCAAGUGCAGCCUCUACAACAAGCCGCCCGCCAAGCGGAAGGUGCAGGACUCGAGCUACAUCGAGUUCUACAAGAAGUGGCGGUCGCUGGAGAACGUGGCGGAUGCGGCGGAGGCGCGCAAGCUGCCGCGGCUGGCGCUGCGCUCGUGGCUGCUCGGCAUCUUCGCCGCGCGCUCCUCCACGCCCUCGCUGCGCCGCGCGCCCGGCCCGCCGCUGCUCGACUCCGAGUCCGCCGUCUGACCGCGCUGUCCGCGCUGUCCGCGCUGUCCGCGCUGUCCGCGCUGUCCGCGCUGUCCGCGCUGUCCGCACUGUCCGCACUGAAGCCGAGAGGACGAGUGUCGGGACCUGGCCCCGACGGACUCGACUUCUAGGCUUUAAUAUUUAUAGGU